AUGACAGUGAAGGUUUCAUUUUCUCUUACAACAGCAGCAAUGCUGUUGCUGAUCCCCAUGCCCACUCUCUCGAAAAAUUGCUUUGCAACACCGAGGGACAAUAAUUCCACUGACGAAGAACAGUUGGGCACAUCGAAACAUGUAAUCACUUUUAGUGGCGAUAAGUGGGGUGGUGUGUAUACGGGGGGUGAAAGGAAACUAAAGACGGCUCUUCUUCUUGAUAUUUACGCUCAAAUAUUACGGAGACACGCUUUCGACACCACAGCUGACAUCAACGACGUAAAUACUCGAGGUAAACACAUGAGUGUUACAGUGACCAUUACGCAAGUUUUGAUAAAUGGUACCCCGAGCGAGAAGAUGCAGCACACAUGGAAUCCCAGCGAGAUAUCGUCGUUACUAAUGCAAGGAACGUAUAAACACACAAACAACUUGUACAAUGAGUACGGUGGUAACAGCGAAACCGGUAGCAACGGUGCCGUGCGCCUCCUGAGCGUCAAGAACCCGACCAUAAGUGAAAAACUUCAUAGGUGCGGGGAGGGCUGCGCGGCUCUGCGAACCUUCUCGGGCGUCAUUUUGUUUUUUAUGGCUCUCGUUUCUGCAAUUUGCGUAUUCUUAAUUUUUAAAUGGAGAAGGGAUGCAGAAAAAGAGGAAGAUGAAGAAGAAGAAGAGGAAGACAUUCCUACUCCAAAUAAACAUGCAGUCAAUGUCCUAAACGUCGACGAUGCCAGAAUGGAAACAGAAAGUAACGAAGGCAUAUCUGAUAGCAAUAGUGCUGACAACAAUCCGAAGUAA